UUCAGCAUUCCUUUGCUUGAGAAGCAGUCUGUCUCACCGCGAUGAUCUCAUAAAGCUGUGCCCAGAGAGUAAAGACAAAAUAGAGAGCACAUGUUUGUCUCACUUCCUACUUUGAGCGUUCAGUUUGGCUUCGGAAGGCAUUGUCGUUUUACCCUAUUCCAACUGGCUUCAGUAAAGAAAGCAAACUGGAAACUCUUGUCUGUGUGGUCAUUGGAGAAAGUUUAUCUGACUGUCAACUCAGGCAAGGCGCUUGAGGCAGAGGGCAGAACAGUAAAACGACACCUUCAAGCAAGCCAAUUUACGGACGUUUUAGAGCUACGGCGGGGAGCUAGCGAUUCAGCAAUUAAACGCAAGUGAUCGCUUUCGAAGUUAUAAUGACAGACGUACACUUUAAAGGUGGAUCUAAGAAAACAAGAUCGAAGGCAUCAUCUACGUCAACUCGAUCUCGCAGUUCAUCCGCCAGUAUGGCUAUCGCUCUUGCUCGAGCAGAAGCGCAGGCCGCCAAGGCUGAAGCAGCGUUCGCUAAAAAGGAGAUUGAACUUAAAAUAAAGCAAGCGCAUUUAAAGGCGUCUCUAGAAUCAUUGCAAUUAGAGAAGAGAGCAGCAGCUGCAGAGGCAAAAGCCGAUGCUUUAGAAACUGUUAUGGAGCAAGUAGAUCGAAGCAGUUAUAACAAAAUAGAGCUGCCAACAGAAGAUCCAGUGCGGCGCACAAAUGAAUACAUAGAAGAGCAUGCCGUCUUUAUAGAUGCGCUUACUAUGCCUGUGCUUAGCGGUCCAUACAUCGAUGAUCCUUACAACAGCCAUUCAGCACCUCAACAUGAAUCUAUUGUUGACUUUAUACCUCAGAAUAAUAAAGAGGAGAAUGAAUUCACAGAGCUAGAUCCUGUUUUACAAGGUGCCAGCCUUUCUGAGCGAUAUUUUCUUCCUAUAGAGAGUGCAGCAUGUUCUACUGGGAUCCCAGUCGCAAAUGAAGACUUCACACAACAAACCAGUAUCAGUAAUUUUUAUCUGCCCAAGGUGCUGCAAAAGCCACAUGUUACAGAUCAAGCCCCUUUGAAUGGUUACAACAACAGUGCGACACAUAGGCUAGCAAAUAAGAACAACACUCAACCCCAGGCUACUGGUCACAAGAUCUCAUCAGGCACAUCCAGAUGAGAAUACAAAUAUGUCGGACUUUGUCAGGUUUCUUGCCCGACGCGAACUUAUAUCUACUGGCCUUAUUCAAUUUAAUGAUCAACCUGAGAAUUACAGAGCUUGGAGGGCAUCUUUCCUGAACACUAUCAGAGGCCUUAACCUUUCAGCUAGUGGGGAAAUGGAUUUGCUGGUGAAGUGGCUAGGCAGUGAGUCGGCAGUACUUGUCAAGCGGAUAAGAGCUGUUUAUAUAAAUCAUGCACAACAAGGGCUCAGAAUCGUAUGGGACAGACUGCGUGAGUGCUAUGGU